AUGAGUGGAGAGAUCCCCAAUGGCACAUUCACCCCUGGAGGGGUGGCCGCCCUCUUUCGGCCAAAUACUCGCCUGGAAUCUUCUCUAAUAUAUAAGGUGUUCGACCCUUCUCUGGUCUUCACCUUCUCUUUCUGGAUCACAUUGAGGCUAGCACUUCCUCGCAAGUUCACCAAUCAGACGGAGACGACAACGAGUUAUAGAGAAGUCUUUACCGUCCCGGCCGAUUCUGAUGUUGGACAACCCAUCCUACCGAAUGUUGAGGAUCCUCAAGCUGUUGAUGCGCAAAGCGUUUGCCCUGGAUACACAGCUUCGAACUUGCAAAAUACUACCACUGGUUUCACGGCAGACUUGAGCCUGGGCGGUGACGCAUGCAAUGUCUACGGCAACGAAAUCGAGCAGCUAAUCUUGACCGUCGAGUAUCAGGCUUCGGACCGUCUGCAUGUUGGGAUCCAGCCGCGGUACAUCGGGCCUGAGAAUGAGACCUGGUUCCUGCUCCCUGAAGCUAUCGUCCCCAAGCCAGCGAUAUCCAGUGACGGAGACACAAGCUCUGAUAGCAGCGACUUCGAGCUGUCAUGGACGAACGACCCUACCUUCUCUUUCACGGUGAGGAGGAAGUCCAGCGGUGACACCCUCUUCACCACCGAGGGCAGCAAACUUGUGUACGAGGACCAAUUUAUCGAGUUCGUCUCGCCCCUUCCGGAAAAUUACAAUCUUUAUGGUCUCGGCGAAGUCAUGCACGGCUUUAGACUGGGAAACAAUCUCACAAGAACGUUCUUCGCUGCGGAUGUCGGUAACCCAAUCGAUGAGAAUAUAUAUGGAGUACACCCAGUCUAUUUAGAUACCAGGUACUUUCAGGACGGCACAUACGUAGCAAACGCCACUGACACAUCAACGACGUAUACCACAUCAUCGCACGGCGUCUUUCAAAGGAACGCCCAUCCUCAGGAGGUUCUACUGCGGCCGGAGGGAAUCACCUGGAGAGCUCUAGGCGGUACAAUCGACCUGUAUUUCUACUCUGGGCCAUCAGCAGCAGAUGUGGUCAAAUCCUACCAUGCUAGCACGGUUGGGCUACCAGCUAUGCAGCAAUACUGGACGUUCGGAUACCAUCAAUGUAGGUGGGGAUACGAGAACUGGACCAAGCUGCAAGAGGUGGUCGACAACUUUGCUGCAUCUGACAUUCCGCUUGAAACGAUCUGGACUGACAUCGAUUACAUGAAUCAAUAUCGCGAUUUCGACAACGAUCAAAAAAGAUUUGGCUAUGAGGAAGGCACCCAGUUCCUCGCGAAGCUGCAUGCGAAUGGCCAACACUAUGUGCCGAUCGUCGAUUCUGCUAUAUACCACCCGAACCCGGACAAUGAGAGUGAUGCGUACGCUCCCUAUGACCGUGGAGUUGAGGCUGGUGCUUUUAUGAUGAACCCAGAUGAAUCGCUAUAUAUUGGAACUGUUUGGCCUGGGUACACUGUAUUCCCUGACUGGGUUGGAGACUCCUUGGGAGCAACCAAUGGCUCAGGUGCCUUCUCCUGGUGGAGAAAUGAGAUUACCAGCUGGUACCAGAAUGUCUCCUUUGACGGGAUCUGGAUCGACAUGAGCGAAGUCUCGUCGUUCUGCGUCGGGAGCUGCGGCAGUGCCAAUGUUUCUCUCAACCCCGUUCACCCACCGUUCCUGCUUCCAGGCGAGCCAGGGAACGAGGUGCUUGGAUACCCUGAAGGUUUCAACCUUACCAAUGCAACAGAGGCUGCCUCAGCGUCAUCUGCGAGCGCGUCACAGGCUUCGGCGACAGCGUCAAGCUCGGCAUCCUCUACGACCACCUCAUACCUUCGCACGACGCCUACUCCUGGCGCUCGGAAUGUCAAUUAUCCGCCCUAUUCCAUUAAUCACGUGAGCGGAGACCUCGCAGUACACGCAGUAUCUCCAAAUGCUACCCACCAUGACGGCUCGCAGGAGUAUGACUUCCACAAUCUAUUCGGUCAUCAGAUCCUAAAUGCCACAUACCACGGUCUUCUCGCUACUCUACCCACCAAGCGACCAUUUAUCAUCGGCCGUGCCACGUUCGCUGGCUCUGGCAAAUGGGCCGGGCACUGGGGCGGUGAUAAUUAUAGCGUGUGGUCCUCCAUGGUCUUAGCUAUCUCACAGGCCUUGUCCUUCAGCAUUUUCGGCAUUCCCAUGUUCGGACCCGACGUGUGUGGUUUCUCAGGAAACUCAGACCUGGAGCUUUGCAACCGCUGGAUGCAGGUUGGGGCUUUCUUCCCCUUCUACCGCAACCACAACACCCUUGGCGCAAACUCCCAGGAGCCUUACGUGUGGGCGAGCGUGGCCGAGGCGAGUCGUACAGCGAUGGCGAUCCGAUAUACCCUUCUCCCAUACAUGUAUACUCUAUUUGCACAUGCACAUUCGAACGGGACCACCGUCCUGCGCGCAUUGGUGUGGGAAUUUCCCGAGGAGCCAUGGCUGGCGAACGCGGACCACCAGUUCCUUCUUGGCGGUUCGGUCUUGGUCACACCGGUCCUGACACAGGGCGCUGAGAGCGUCGAUGGUGUGUUCCCUGGCUCGGGCGAUGGUACUACAGUUUGGUAUGACUGGUACAACCAGACUGCUAUCACGGGUGUGUCAAGAGGUCAGAAUGUCACCAUCGACGCGCCGUUGGGGCACAUCCCGGUGUACAUCCGGGGUGGAAGUGUGAUCCCCACCCAGAAGCCGGGCAAGACGACCGCAGAGAGUCGACAGAAUCCGUGGGGCCUGCUCGUGGCGCUGGACCUGCAGGGCGCCGCUGAGGGGACGUUGUACCUGGACGAUGGCGAAAGCUUGGUACCUAAUGCUACCACUUGGGUGCAGCUUUCUGCCUCAAAUACAUCUGUGACUGCGCAGCCGACGGGCAACUACAAGGACUCAGUUGCCCUAGCCAACGUUACAGUCCUGGGCGUGACUGGCCAAGUAUCUAAUGUGACGCUCAAUGGGCAGGCGGUGACGAGUGGUUGGUCUUGGGACAGCGCAACCAACAUUCUUAGCAUUACAGGUCUCGAAAACUCGACUUCCGACGGGGCAUGGAAUUCGAAAUGGGAGCUGCAAUGGAGUUUAUCUAACAAUGGCUCUGGCGUAUCCAACAGCAAUACCGGUUCGUCUCGAGGAGCGGAAGGUGAUGGUCAGUCGCCCGCCAGUGGAGGCUCAGGAUAUGUCAUUGUCCCCCUAGCCAGCAUGGUAGCUAUGCUUGUGGGUGCUCUGGCGAUUUUGUGA